UUUCAUGUUGGUUUUGUGCUCUCUCUCUCUCUCUCUCUCCUUAUUUUGAUCCAUCGCUCAUAACCUCAAUAAUGCACUAUUGCCCCCUAUCUCAUCCAAACCUCACCACCUGCUCUCUCUCUCUCUCUCUCUAUUUUAUUGUAGUCAAACAAUAUCUACAUCUCUCGCUAAAAUUUCCACAGGCGAUGAAGUAUUUCCUAUAAGAAUGACACAGAAGAGGAGUAGGAGGCUUGAGAUUUGGGGCUCACAGCUUAAAGACAAUGCUUAAGAAGCCCCUGUUGCCUCUCCUGCGCAAGAAAGUGUACACGAGGUUAAGAGCUGAUGAUGAUGAUGAUGAUGAGGGUGGCAAGGGUUCGGUGCCACUAAUAGUGGGGAGGGAGAAGAGAGAGAGGUUCCUCGUACCUGCCAAGCUCCUGAACCAUCCAUUAAUGGUGGAUUUGCUUGAGAUUGCUGCACAUGAGUAUGGAUAUGAACAGGAAGGUACCCUAAAGGGGCAUCAACGGUGGAGAUGACUGGACCCAACCUAUUUUUUCAAAUAGUUUAGAAAUUAAUAUUUUUUUUUAAGGUGUUGGUUGCGUG